AUUAAUCUUUGGAUGUUGGAAGUGAUCUAAUCAUAGCUAACUACGAAUCCAAUAAUUUUUGUCCUCUGGUCAUUUUAGAGGUGUGUUGUAACAGUUAUUUCUGUAGUGAGUAAUUGAGUUACAUAUAUUUAACAUUUCUAUUUCCACUGAAAUGGCAAUUUUUAAUUUAGAGACUGAACAAGGUAUUAAAUCCUUGGACGCAUUUCUUGCAGACCAUAGUUAUGUUGAAGGGUUCCAGGCAACUCAGGCUGAUGUUGGUGUUUUUGAGUCACUAGCAAAACCACCUACUGCAGCAACACCUCAUCUUCUGCGUUGGUAUAAUCAUAUAAAUUCAUUUGGUGAUGGAUGCAAGACAUUACCCGGUGAGAAAAAGUCGGCCAAAGCUUUUGGUGGAGAGGCAAAAGCCAAUAAUGAUGAUGACGACAUUGAUUUGUUUGGAUCCGAUGAAGAUGAUGCUGAAGCAGCAAAGAUCAGGGAAGAACGGCUGAAGGCUUAUGCAGAAAAGAAAUCUAAAAAGCCUGCCUUAAUUGCUAAAUCCAGUAUCAUCCUUGAUGUGAAGCCUUGGGAUGAUGAAACCGAUAUGAAAGAGUUGGAAGCCAGUGUCAGAACCAUCACAAUGGACGGCUUACUUUGGGGUGCCUCCAAAAUGGUGCCUGUGGGAUUUGGAAUCCACAAGCUCCAGAUCAUGUGCGUCGUUGAAGAUGAGAAGGUCUCUGUGGAUCUUUUGAUUGAAGAGAUUCAAAAGUUUGAAGAACUUGUCCAGUCUGUUGAUAUUGUUGCCUUCAAUAAGAUUUAAAUUGUAAUUAUAUGCCAUUACUUUGUAAUUAUUUUGUCAAAAUAUAUAAUUUUUGAAAAACUA